UUCAGCAGAGACGAGAGACCCAGAGCAGUCUCAGAUCUGUUGUGAAUGUUUAGAUAAAUGACAGCAAGGAAGCCGAAUAUAAUAAGAAAGAUGAACGCCGAAUGAAUGGUAUUUUAGAUCAGAACGAUGUGGUUUCUUUAGUUGUGCAGUGGGGAAAUGCAGUUGGAAAGAUAAGGCAAAAGUUCAGUUUUUUUUAAGCAGUUACUCCUUCCUUCCCCUGAUGUGUCUCAGAAUCACGGGCUGAGCAGAAGCAACUUCCAGACGGACCCACAAUCCCGCUUGGGAGUGAUUACAGGCUAACACAACACGGAUAAACAUCGUCUCCAGGAUGCAGGGGGUGACCACUGGUUGCAGUCAAGCUUUACUGCAAAUUAAAUGCCGUCCUGUUGUCUCCAGCUCACCCUUGGAAAUCAGAGGCCACCUACCCCACCAUAGCUCUGUACCAUGCCUUCAGAAAACAGGGACACACUGUGUCAACAGCACUGCUGCACUGAAGAGACCACCUGCACAAAAACCCCAGGUGCCCCCUAAGCCUGUUCAUCUUCAGACCCGUGGUCUGGACAGACGACCCAGGGCAAUCCCACCGGCACCGUCCAGACCUCUGCCUGCAGACCCGCAUCCCAAGCCAGGCAAGAACUGCGUCUCUGCGUGGAAGGAGGACACAGAAUCGCCCAACAGUGUGUGCUUGCUGAUUGAGAAGUUCGAAAGCUCCAGGUACAGAAUACCCAUUCUUGGAGUCUAUAGGAGAAGCCAGCUUCAUCUGUCUCUUAGCAUGGAUCCUGCCCAGGAACCAGCAGAGUGUUCAGACUCUGAACCUCCAGGUUCCAGUGACUGUUCAACCACAGAAAACCUUGCGCUCCCCGUCUCUGAAAUGAUGUCCGACGAUACCGAACUCUCAAACUUAAGUGCGCUGCGGAUUGACGAUAUCAGCUCAUGCAAUUUAAAGACCACUGGGGACUGUCCUGCUGUGAACGGGGCUGCCGGGUCCAGCCAGCUCAAUGACAAUCAGGACUCCAUGUUGGAACAAAACGGAAAUGGCAAGGUACCCAACAGAGACAGUGGGAUCGAUAGCCCUUCAUGUAACGUGGAUGGAGAGGUGUUUUCAAAUGAGGAGGCCAUCGAUGAGGAGAAGAAGGAUGAGAGUGUCGCUGAGAGCGAAGCAGACACAGGGACGGUGAAUGAAGCGAAGGAGAGUUCUGUUUCGUCCAUGGAACACAAGAGGGACUCGACACAAGACGAGGAGGAUAGCGAUAUGGACGAGGGCAGCAGCGAAGAACACGAGACAGCAGAAGUGCCAAAAACAGAACAGCCAGACACGGCCAAGUGCACAGAGCCACAGAAAUUGUUCAACAUUGCAAGGGAACUCCUGCAGACAGAGGAAGCUUACGUGAAGAGACUCCACUUACUGGAUCAGGUAUUUUGCACUAAGUUAACAGAGGCUGGGAUUCCACAAGAUGUGAUCACCGGAAUCUUCUCCAACAUCACUUCUAUCGAUCGGUUCCACGAGCAGUUUCUCCUUCCUGAGCUCAAAACUCGAAUCAUGGAGGAGUGGAACACAAAUCCUCGAAUAGGAGACAUUCUGCAGAAGCUGGCUCCUUUCUUGAAGAUGUAUGGGGAAUACGUGAAAAACUUCGACAGAGCCAUGGACCUGGUGAAUACAUGGACGCAAAGAUCAUCUCAGUUCAAGAGUGUGGUUCAGAAUAUACAGAAACAGGAAGUGUGUGGGAACCUGACCUUGCAGCAUCACAUGCUAGAGCCGGUGCAGCGCCUCCCCCGCUACGUGCUGCUUCUGAAGGACUACCUGAAGAAACUGCCCCAGGAUGCACUGGACAGGAAGGAUGCUGAAAAGUCACUGGAGCUCAUCUCAACAGCAGCCAACCACUCAAACGCAGCUAUUCGAAAGAUGGAGAAGAUGCACAAACUGCUGGAAGUGUACGAAAGACUGGGGGGUGAAGAGGACAUUGUAAAUCCUGCCAACGAACUUAUCAAAGAGGGCCAUAUCCAGAAACUGUCUGCUAAAAACGGAACAGCUCAAGAUAGGUAUUUAUUCCUGUUCAACAACAUGGUGCUGUACUGUGUGCCAAAACUGCGGCUAAUGGGUCAGAAAUUCAGCGUGAGGCAGAAGAUUGACAUCGCAGGCAUGCAGGUGCAAGAAAAUGCCAAGCAAAAUUUGACUCACACAUUUGCAAUAAUUGGAAAACAAAGGUCUUUGGAAUUGCAAGCCAGAACUGAGGAUGAAAAGAAGGAUUGGAUUCAGGUUAUCCUGGCUACCAUUGAGAAGCACAAACAGAACAGUGAGACCUUUAACAAGGCUUUCAACAGCUCGUUCUCCCGAGACGAGGAUCACCCCUCCGACUCGCCUAAUGUUGGCUUUUUUUCAAUGGAUUCACUCGAUGGAAACACCUCUACUGGUGGGAUGGAUUCUUGCAAGAAACAUCCCAAAUCAAAGAGGGAAAAAGAGAAGCAAACCUGCAAAGGCUGCAACGAAAGCUUUAAUUCCAUAACAAAAAGACGUCAUCACUGCAAAGCAUGUGGAGCGGCCAUCUGUGCAAAAUGCUCCGAGUUCAAACCGCUGCGGGUGUGUAACGAGUGUUUCGAUUCUCCACUGGCACUGCCUUCCAGCCCAGGACUUGAAACCACAGGGGACCAGAAGAAAAAAGCAGCCGUCGAGAAACAGAAUUCGUUAGCAGCAGAAAACAGCCUCCUGUGCAGCAGCCUUCAUUUCCAGGAGAAGGGGAAGACCUGGCACAAAGCUUGGGUCUCCAUUACCAGAAACGAGCCACUGGUGUUGUACCUGCUACCAAGCAGCCAGGAGGUUCGAAUGCCACGUGCCAUUCUGCUGCCCGGCUAUGAAAUCAGCUUGGCAACAGAGAAGCUUGAUAUGAAGCACGUUUUCAAGCUCAGCCAAUCCCAGCACAGCAUAUUGUUCAGCGCAGAGGAGGAGGAGCUCCAAUGCAAAUGGAUCGAGAUCCUUUCUAAAGCAGUCAAAGGGGAGUCGGGGCAGGAAGACCUCUGCAGCAAAACUGAAGCGAAGAACAGCCUUUAAUCAACAGCCAGCGUGCUGCUUGUGGGCUUCCAAUAGUGUGUAAUGUACACGCAUUACUUGAAUUCACUUUUACCAUGGCACUUUUAUUUUUUUUAGAGGACAGAUCUCAUUAUUCCCCCAUGUUAAUAUCUGCGUGUGUGUUUUCAUCACUGUUUUCAGCCUCCUUAAAAGAAAAUUGCUGUUCAGUUUCAUCAGUCUGGUAACAUGUUUUCUUAAAUCUGGAAACAGUUUGUGAACUGGUGAGAUAUCUUCUCAUAAAUACGUUGUGCACACGUUUUGGUGCAGCAUUAACUGCAUCUGCAGCUGCGAAGGUGUAUCUUUUAUUCAUUUGUAUUCAGUAUUGGUUGUAAAUGUGACCUUUCCUUGUCUGUUCUAUGGCUAUUCUGUGCGGGAUGUAUAGUAUUUUCAUUUGCUGAACAAAAGCUACUUUUUAAGUUAAGAGUUGUGAAAGCUUGUGGCUGGCCACUGACAUUUCUCCUGUCCAUCCUUUGUGCUUUCGCACUGCAACGCUGCUUGUGCAUUUUAAGUGAUGUAAUUAAUUUACUUUUUACUAUUGCUAAUUGGACUACAUCUGCCAUUUUUGUGAUUAAAUAAACAUAGCAAGAUGACGUACUGUAGGCAGGAACAUGUACAAUACCUAAGAAUUCAAUAGAGGGAAAAAAAAGUUUCUGCCUGCAUGUUUAUUUGACAUAUUUAUGUACUGUGCAUUUUAAUGAACACAUUUAAUUUUCAUCAUCAACUACAUUUUGAUGUGUGGACAGAUUUUAUAUUGCUAACUGGGACCAUGCACACGAACAACAACAUAAGCAAAACAUUAAUAAAAACAAUGCAUAUGGUUCA